AUGGAAGAAGAAAAAGGAAUGGUUGUGAACGGUGUUAAUAGUAAUCUUGAGGUGGGACAAGUCCCAGUGAUGGCUUUUGGGCCGUCCCACGAAGCUAAACUUAGGGAACUGUUGCAUAAGCUUUGCUCAGAGGAGAUUAAGCUAUGCUCUGAUGCUGCAAAAGAGUUUGUCAAGUUACUAAAAGGAGAAUCUGGCGGCGAUUUGUUGCGUUUAUAUUUUCAGAAGUCACCUGAGUUUGCAGAGCUUCUAGAGGCAUGGAAGAUUCGACAUGGAAAGAAAGGACUACAGUAUAUAUUCUCGCUUAUCCAGACGGUUUUGAGUCAUCCAGAAGGGAAAGGUAGAUUAACUGAUAUUGGAAUAGCUCUUGACCGGUUCUGUUUGUUACUUAGUGAAGAUAAACUUGACGAGAUUUGCAAGGAGUUAAAUAGCAAAGAGAGUAAGCAGCAGAAUGCUGCGCUUGGACUGUUGACUUCGAUGGUUAGACGUGGUCCACGCUUGGCGUCAGGAAUAGCUGGGAAGUUUGAUUUUAAGGGUUUUGCGAGACUGGCGGAGUAUAAAAUAAUAAAAACGAGGAGGGCUUGUGUUGUGUUUGCAGUAUCAUUCCUCGAAGUUGGGCAGCCGAGGUUGUUAAGCGAUGUUUUACAGCAGAAGGAAAUGUAUUCAAAAGUCCUACGAGGCCUUGGGAAAGACGAUGAUGACACUGUGGAGUAUGUCUUGUCUACGUUGAAAAACAAGAUCCUUGUCGAAGAAUCAAUGGUUCUUCCUAGUCUUAGGAGUGUUCUUUUUGGAAUUGCUACGCUAGAGCAGCUAGCCAGCAUUUCAGCAAGAGAGGAUGGUGGGACCGUGAAUGAGUUGGCCCAUGAUGUUCUCGUUAAAGUAUGUACAGACCCAUGUAAUGGAUUGAUGCCAGAUGAAAGGAGAAAGUUGACAGGAAAUUUAGAAAGACUGCUAAUGUUGAUGAAGAAAUUGAGAGCAACAGAGAUUGUUUAUCACAGGGAUUUGCUUCUAGCAAUUGUUAGGGGUAGACCGUCUUUAGCUUCUGCUUUCUUUGAAGAAUUUCCAUACAAUGUGGAAAAUUUUGCAUCACCAUCCUGGGCUUCUUCUAUUUCCUUGGCAUCAGAUUUGGUAUCUUCAGUAAGAAAUUCAUUUUCUUUUGAGUUCCUCAAUCCAGAUCAACGUUCUACCCCUCCUUCAGGUGGUUCAGAGAAUCAGACUAUCAUGAAAGAAGUUCAGACUAUCAUGAAAUGUAUAUGCCCCCGACCAUUUAACCGGUUGUUGAUCACCCGAGGGAUGCUUUGCCCUAAAUUUUUUGUGAAACAUGGGACCUUGAGAUUCCUCUCGGAAACGCUUUUGCUCUGGGAUUCGUUUGUUACUGCUUCUCUUAGCUGCUCUGAGCAAAUUCAGGCUUCUCUUGAGUGGGAUGUCAUGGGUGAGGUGAGAAGCUUUUUUCCAGAUACUCAGGUGUUAUUGACUGAACUGAAGUCUCAGAGCGAUGCUAGUGGAAUUCAAAAGCCGUCUUUGAAGAGAAAAGCAGUGUCGGAGAGUGGAGUAGUAGGUAGAGAAAAACGCAUUAAAAGAUCUGAGAAGGAUGUUUUGGACGAAGUGGCUGGUGAUAUCGUCAUUGGUGGGGUAGGUUUGACAGAGGAUCCUGUGGAUGCUCAUAUGGAAGAUGGAAAGGAAUAUCUUCGGAAUGUUUCAGAAAUUUGGGCUUCAGAGCGUUGUUCCAAGCCUGUUGAUUCAGUCGAACAAGCAGAGAUGUACUUGCGCACAAAGAUUAUGGAAGUUCUUAAAACUUAUGUGCGUACUGUGCCUAAUGUGCUUGAAGGAUCAUUUGAUGUCUUCAUGAAAUUUCUUCCUAAUCAACGUUCUUCAUGGUUGCCAGCUGAAAUGCAGAGAGCUGUCUUGUCUUUUCUAAAUGAGUACAUCAGCUGGACGCCAAGGUCCCGAAGUCAGAGCGCUCCUACAAGAAUGCCACCACUUAUGUACAUGCAGCUGGAUGUAUUCGUGAAUUUGUUUCUUUUCUCACCAGACGAAGAGGUGAAGGAUCUAGCGUACAAUUUAGCAAUGGUAGCUAUGAGUAGCACUGGUGCUUUUGACAAAAAUCCAAGUGAAAUUGGUGCAUGGUUUCGGUCUCUUAAAGGUUUUGGAAAUACUAAAGGACCUCUUAAGGUUCAGGAGGCUGUACAGAGCACGUCAGCUGUUGUCAUCUCCUUUUUAUAUGAUGCAGUUAGGACAGUUGGAAAGAAUAUGUUCAAGUACUGGGAUAUUACCAGAAGUAGCCUGUCCCAUUUAAAAGGUGUAUCAUCAAUUGGUCUCAGCCCCCUAAUUGUUUGUGUACUGCAGAAAUGUGUGAAGCUACUAACUGUAUCUAAAAGCCUUACUUUCCCGGAGAAGUCAGAAAUAUCUCUGUACGUAGAUUCCAGACCACUCUCAUGUUUGGUCGAGUCAGUUUUGUCUGAGGUGGUUGAUGGAUCUAAAGAUUCUUUAUGUGAAUGGUGGCCAUUGAGAGCGUUGCUGCUUUUCUCACAAUCUUUGUCAAACAAAAAACCUUUGCAUUCCAGAAGGACAACAGGUCGACUUGCCGAUGCUUCUUUUGCAGAUACUCUUGAUGAGAUCAAAGGGCUGGUGAAACGUAGUUCUCCGGAUGAAAUUGCUGGAAUCGUUCAGUCGUUCUCUUCUGCAUUGAUAUGUGCAAGACCUGAAUCGAUUUUGGAGAAUUUUGAUUCUGUGAUGGCUAUUUCUUGGACACUCUACGGAACAUCAUUCUCAAUCUUACAGGCGAUUGCCUUUCUAGAAGAAAACUUCCUCGGAGACCUUUCAAAGCUAUCGCCUGACUUACUUGUGCGAGGAACAGUAUAUAGGGAAACUGGUUUUGAUGACCACUCAUCCAUAACUGAAGAAAUUAAAAGUAAGAUGGACGUUUGCGUUACUGAAUCUCCUGCCUUCCCUACGUUUUUAGAGCAGCUUCCUUUCCCUGAAUUGCUUACCGCAAUUAAAAACAUGGAUAUAUCUUGGUUACCAAGAGUAUCAGAGUUACUGCUGCUAAAAGUUUCGCAUCCUAAAAGUGAUAGUCUCGAAUCUAUCAAGUUAAUACUCUUCCAUCUCUACCAGAUACGAUCAUCUUACAAGGUUCAACCAGCUCCGGUACUCUGUCAACUCUCUGAGAUCUGCUUACGAAUCUUGAAGCACUUGUUCUCUCAAAUAUCAGAGCUGGAACCCUCUUCAGAUCAAGUGGCCCAGAUUGUUCUUUGCCACCCAGUUGUGUUGGCACUGUUGGAGAGUCCCUUGGAUUGUGGCACAUUACCUCUAGUGCAGAAUGUUGAGAUUUUUUCAGAAACGUCGCUGGCAACGGGCAGGAUAGUUCUUAGUGAAAUAGAUCAGCACAUCCUAGAUGUAUUGGCUUCUACUUGUGAGCAGUUUUUGUUUGAUGAGAGACGCAUUGUGAAGCAAGGGGAACUCAAUGAAGAUAAGUCAAUUGUGGCUUUUAAAACCUUGGUUGAAACGCUUCUCUUGGAAUUCAGAGGCAAGUUGGAGCUUUGUGUUGGUACUCAAAGCUACGUGCCGCUUCUACAACCAUCACAAAUAAUUCACGCUUUGUUGAGGUUUAUAUCACCUUUUAAACUCUUAAAUCUUGCACGUUCCAUGCUAAUUAAUGUGGAAGAAUUGGGAAGCCCAAAUUUGAGUAAGAUUGUCUGUUUGGGAUUGGAUAUUGCUGGCGGGUCUUUUGAACUACUUUCGUUGUAUUCACAGCAGCCGGCUGCUAAGAGAAGGAUAUAUGAUUUGCUGUGGGAGUUGGAAAAAACUAAUUAUGACAAUAACCUCCUUGAGGAAGUCUAUAGCCUGGCAUGCAAGUUUUCUACCUCUUUUGGUUUGGUUUCGGCAGACACUUGUUUGCUUAAAGUUGGGGGUGGCAUUUUCAGGGCGAAACAUAACCAGCAUAGUAGUGCCCACCUGUUGACCAUGAUAAUCUCACAGAUUGUUGGUAGAACCCCUGAAGACUUGACUAUCCAUUGCGUUAACCAGACAAGCAUGAUCAGAGCCAAGAUAUUGUUUUAUCUUGUGGAGUCCAGUCCCUUGCAUCUGUCAGUCUUUGGAAACUUUUUCUAUAGUAAGCUAAGUAAGCAACAGGGUGACUCUGCGCUUACUGAUGAUCAGUUUCUCAUGCUUCUGCCGGCUGUGCUAUCAUAUCUCUCACCAGUUUUUGCUAAACCGGAGAAGCCGUGUAGUAGAUGUUUGGAUAUAACUUCAUUUUAUUCAAGUAUACUAAUAAAUGGUUUUCUACAGUGGCCGAGCUUUUCUUCCGGGUGCAUCUUUGAAGAGAAAUAUGAAGAGAUUCGUCUGUCAGCUACGGCUGAGGAUAUCGAUACUAUGUUUAAGGCGAGUCUUCUUGGGAAGGCAGUACGUAUGUUUCAGGAUCACUUGGCCUGGACUGAAAGUCCAACUAAAACCGAAGAUCUCUUAAAUGUAUUCCAGUCCAUGUUUCCUCACACUGGAAAAGAGAUGUUGGAUGACGAAAAAAAAGAAGUGGACGUUCAAUCAGUAGACAUUAUGUUUAAUGUUGCCAUCCGUGAAGUUGCCAAAAUCGAACUCUCAAGGAUCUGUUUGUUUCCUGCGGAUAGCAAUUUUAAACGUCAAGCAGGAAGUUCCUCAGAAAUGGGAUCCAAGAAAGAGAGUUUGUUCACGCUGUUAUUAGAUUACUUAGUUGGUAAGUGGCAUUGUGUUGUCAAGAGAUCUGAUGGUUCUUUUAAAGGGAAUUCCGACAGGAAACAAGACAGAUGUGGGUUCCUGUGCAAAAGUCUUGAGAACUUCAUUCUGAGAAAUAUUCUAAAGCUUUUGGAACACAUGUGCGAGGAGCUUGUUCAUUUGGAUUCCGUUUCUUUCCUGGAGAGACUGAUGAAGUCAGUUCUUCUGUACAGAUUUGAGGACUUGAGAACAUUAAAGACACUGAGGCAAAUUUUCUCUUUAUUGUCUAGAGGAAAGUACUCGUAUGCACCAUAUAUACAACUCCUAAUAUCUCACUCUCAGUUUACACCGACUAUCAGCUCUCUAUCAUCCUCGCACACUGGUGAAUUAUUUAGGCCUAUCUCCAGCAUUCUAAAACAUCUUAUCAUCCCAAGUCCAAGUUCUGUCGGCGUUGGAAGUUGUUGUGUUCAAGCACCUGACUAUGUGAGGCAAUUGGAAAUUAUCAAAAUUCUCAGAGUGCUUCUCUCCAAAUGUGGAAAAGAUUCAGGAAUCAUUCUGAAGGAACUGCACUUUCUUCUUUUGUGUUCUUAUGGUGCAAGUCUAAGCGAAAUCGACAUAGAGCUCUACAAGUUGAUACGUGAUAUCGAGUUGAUUGAUGACAAAAACACGCUAGAUGUUUCUGAAACAGGUUAUCUGUGGGGUAAAGCUGCCUUGAAAGUAAGAGAGGGGCUACGCCUCUCUCAGGAUGCAUCUGACGGUGGCGAAGAUGAUUUGGUGGAAGAUCUCCGACAGAGACUUUUCAAAGAGAAUCUUUGUAUUGAUCCCAAAACAUGUGCUCUAACUGUUUUGUAUUUUCCUUAUCGACGAAGCGCAGAGGUAUCGGAUAACUCUUACCUAUCUGAUGAUUCCAUGAGCGAGAAAUGCUCACCUAUAGUUGAGGACAUUGAACGAUAUGAUCCGGCUUUCAUCCUGCGGUUCUCGAUACAAUCAUUGUCCGUGGGAUAUAUUGAACCUUUGGAACUCGUCAGUUUAGGCUUGCUUGCAGUUGCAUUUGUGAGCAUGUCUUCAGCAGAUCUUGGGAUGAGAAAAUUGGCCUAUGACACUCUUAAGAUGUUUCUGGAUGUUCUUGAGAGUGGUACGAGGAAUAAGCAAGUAAAGUGGAUUAGGUUUCUGCUGCUGUGUCUGAAAAAUGUAGUUGAGGAACCAUGGCAAAGGAUCCCAACAGUUUCUGCUGUUUUUGCUGCUGAGGCAUCUCUUAUAUUGUUGAAUUCUUCUCACGAGCAUUUUGUUCCCAUUAAAAAACUGUUGAAGAGCUCGCGUUCACUGAAUCUGAGGGGAAUACCUUUGUUUCAUGAAUUUUUGUGGAGCAGUGCAUUUAACUUUAGAUCACAGAGGCUGUGGGAACUUCGCCUUGUGUGUGUGGGCUUGAAAUCAGAUGACGAUGCUAAGCUCUACAUUAGAAACUCCAUCCUUGAGGAUAUGAUGACUUUUUCGGCAACUCCUCUUGCUGAUGAUGAAACUAAAGGACUAAUCCUUCAGGUUGUGAGGAAGUCAGCCAAAUUCCAUGAAAUGGCCAGACAUCUGGUUCAAAAUUGUGGUCUGUUUUCAUGGUGUUCAUCAUUUAUCUCAUCUUUUACUACAAAGCCCACUAAAGACGAAGAUUUUCGUUUGGUUUUUGUCUUGGAGGUUAUAACUGAUGUUCUGGCCUCCAGAAGCGUUACAGAGUGGUUACAAGGCGAAGAGACAAGAGGGGCCUAUGGAGAAUGUGAUAAGAAAUCCAUAGUAGAGGCCGACCCCAAAAACUUAACUGCAUUUCCCCUCGAAGGGCUAAUGGAAAUCUCAUCGCGUUUGUGCAGACUUGUUGGUGGUGGAUUGGUUUCAAUACAAGAAAAUAGUACUUUGGUUGCUUUAAUUCUGCAGAUUCUGUCUGCUACUCUAAAGAUAUCACAGAAAGUACGAAAAAUGUACCAGCCACAUUUCACCGUCACUAUCGAUGGGAUAUUACGACUCUUUGAGGCUGUUGCUAAUUGUGAUUCUCCUGAAGUCGAUGGUAUUGCAGAGCGUGGCCUUGAUACUAUAUUAAUGAGCACCCCGCCAUUUGAACUUAUAUGCAUGGACGUAGACAAGCUGAGAAGAUUUCUUUUGUGGGGAACCUCGACAGCCUUGAAGAGUGAUCUUAAAAAGAGAUCUAAGCCAAAUGAGUCUCAUCAAGAUACUAAAACACUCACUGAAGAAACACAAGAGGAGACUAUGGUAGCAAAGUUUCUACGUUGGCUGUGUGCUUCUGUGAUUCUUGGGAAGCUUUAUACUAAAGCUAAUGCUUCGGACCCGUCGGUCUUAAGUAAAACAAAGCCAGAAACUUUGCUGACGUUGUUAGAAUACUUUAAGACAAGAAAUCCCGAAGGUAGCGAGACAGAGUCAGAGCACAUAAUAGGGGAAGUAAUCGUACACCUCCAACAGCUUUUGUCUACAAACUACAAUCUUCUUCCCUCUGUUGUAUGUGCACUUUCUUCCAUGCUUCUUCGUAAUGGCCUCGAAAUUGCAGGUUCAGAGUCUAAUGGCGAUUACAAGCUCAUCAAAUCUCUGUGUUCUAGAAUAAACGGUCCUCCUGAGGCUUCACCAGACUGGAGAUGGUCAUAUUGUCAAGCAUGGAAGGAUGUUUCAUCGGAACCAGCCACAGAUCUGCAAAAGAUAGAUGAACGCCAUGCUUGCCAACACCUUCUGCUGAUAUUCUCUGACAUGCUAAGAGUAAAGCCAGGAGAAUCUCCACAGGUGUUGCUUCAUAAAAGUUUUGACAUGUCGAGUGUAUUUGAUUGGGAAAGGGUUUAG